AUGUAUCUUCGGAAGGUUGCAGCGAUUGCAGCUCUUUUGGGUCGUGAUGCAGCUGCAUCGAUAGCUCCUACCCGCAGCAACUGCACUGCGUCUACAUUUCAAAACUUCAUCAAUGCCAAUGGAACCAAUGCAACCGUUGAGUCGGCUACAUACAUCCCUCAGCAUGGGUCGUUCAACCCAAUGAACUACACAUCUUCGACCGAAUACACCACGAACCUCCCAGAGUCCUGUGCCGUUCAAGUCAACGUGGCAUCUGAAGGAAACUCAAGCUACUUAGUUGGAAUUAUCCUGCCGUAUGAAUGGAAUGGACGCAUGCUGUACGGUACUGGAACGCAUUACGGAUUUGCCACAUUGUCCAGCAACCUGGGCCAUGUUGGAAUCGACACAACUGGUACCUGGGCCAUUGGUAGACCCGAAUCUGUUGUUGACUGGGGCUACAGGGCGUGGCACGGUACGACGAUUUUGGGCAAAUCAUUGAUCAAUCAUUGGUAUGGCGCUCCUUCUGAGUACAAUUAUUUCUACGGUUGCUCCACCGGAGGACGGCAGAGCAUGAAGAACCUUCAGAUGUACCCUGAAGAUUACGAUGGUAUCAUUGCUGGAGCUCCAGCUUGGUGGACAACUCACCAGCAACUAUGGAAUUUGAAGCAAACCACCUACCAAGCACCCGAAAACUCGACCCACACUAUUCCAGAGAAGGUGUUUGAUAUUCUUGCUGCAGAGGUCAUCAAGCAAUGCGACCCACAAGAUGGGCUGGUUGACUCCAUCAUCUCGGACCCACAGGGUUGCAACUUCGAUCCCAGCAGACUUUCUUGCAAUGCGACGAGCGCCGCAGAUGAAUGCCUCACCUCCCAGCAGCUUUCCACACUAUACAAACUAUACAAUGACUGGGUCGAUACGAACCAAACCUUUGUCUAUGGGCACAUGUGGCUUGGCAGUGAAGCAUCUUGGCUCCUUGGUAACAUUGGCCUUGGGAAAAACACGACAAUUGAGCAGCAAUACUGGUAUCCCCGGGACCUUAUGGGCCUCGGAGAUGGAUUCAAGUGGGAAGACCUAGACUACCUGACAGUUCAACUGGCCGAGAAUCUGGAUCCUGGCAACGCCACAGCUGACAAGUUUGACAUCAGCGAUUUUCAGAAGCGUGGUGGCAAGUUCCUCCACUACCAUGGAAUGUCUGACUCCUACGUUUCUCCGGAUGCCAGUCUUUACUACUACGACCAAGCUUCCAGUGCCAUGAAGCCCCAAGGAAUUGAGAUGGACGAUUUCUAUCGGCUGUUUCUCGUCCCAGGAAUGGAACACUGCCUUUCCACCCCUGACCAGAUGAAUGCCCCUUGGUAUUUUGCUGGACCCGACCAGGCUGCGACUAUCAACACGGGUACCUACAGUACUCCUGGAUACAGAGAUGCGCGACAUGACAUUUUGCUCGCUAUGAUGGCCUGGGUUGAAAACGGCACGGCCCCAAACGAUAUCAUUGCAACCAAGUGGAAGAACGAUACGAGCGCGGCCGAGGUUUUGCGUCAACGCCCCAUCUGCCAUUAUCCCUACCAAGCCAAGUAUGACGGCAAGGGCGAUCAUAACGACGCGGCAAAUUGGUCAUGUGAGAUGCUGUACUAA